UCAUAAUGAGGCUGUCACUCUUUCUUUCAUCACAUGUUUUUCCAGCGCGCGCGGUUCGUGUAGUUUACUCCUCUCCUCCUGUCCAGAGAGUGCGAGCCUGCAGCCAGUAAUGAUCCCAGCAUCCCUGCCGACACGACCACGACCACAACACCGCCUUAUCUUUCUUUGAAUGCGCAUUUAAACGCCACACACCGGAAUAUUAUCGAGCUUUCAUUAGAAUCGUCUGAGAGACUGUUUAUUCUAAUGGACUGAGAGCGAACGUGCUGGAACCGCGCGCUCCACACGGGACGCCGUCUGAACAUCAACGCAACGCUGGCCACAUUGGCACCCUCCGCCGUCUCGAUGGAAACCGAGUACCAUCAGGCAUCGCUGGGCUCUCUGGUUUGUACCCAUGAUGGAGAGCCGACCAGCUGCCAGACCCCGAGCCCUAUGACACACCAGCCGGGGACCACCGGGGUCGGAUCGGACUCUUUCCCAUGUCUGCGCCCCCUCGCUUUCCCCCAACAGUCCAAGGAGGAGGCGCGGCGCUCGGGAGAGGUCACCGUUAUGGUCAAGGAGAAAGCAGAGAGUGCUGAUAGGAUCUGUUCAUCCCUGAAUGAUGCUGCUGCCUCCAAACCCAUCCUCUCGUCUCCUCCUCGCCGGCAUCAUUCUCUCCCUCACUCUCACCAUCCACAUGUGGGCCGUACCCGGAUGGGCAGCCGCUCCAGCUCCAUCGCCUACACAGCCUUCUCCCCACGGCCCUCCAUAUCACGCCACUCCAGCAUCGCCACCAACCCCCCGAUGGACCGCUCCAAACCCAAAGACUACCUCAUCCUCGCCAUCAUCGCCUGCUUCUGUCCUGUCUGGCCAAUCAACAUUGUGGGAUUUGUUUACUCCAUCAUGUCGAGGAACAGUCUGGAGCAGGGGAACAUCGACGGAGCGAGACGACUGGGUCGCGUGGCCAAGCUGCUCUCGGUGGUCUCUCUGCUGGGAGGAGCCAUCAUCAUCGUAGCAUGUGCUGUGAAUCUGUCAAUUAAUGUGAAAUCCUGAGAGAGGGUUGAGCGUGCCACAGAAUCCAGCUUUACAUCAGACCACUGACCCGAACACCACGGCCCAUUUCUUUUGCCCCACUGCUGCUGUGAUGGCAAUCGCAACACAGAGAGCAAUCGCUAAUCGGAUGACAUUGCUCUCUAAAGAGAACCAUUGGGAAUCUGCACCAGCAUGCCAUCCUUCAAACAGAUGGAGCAAGAUACUUCACUGAGGUCAGAGUUUGUUUCCUUGAAUCUCACUCCGAGGCUGUUGGAGUCUCUCUCCUAAACUCCAGCUCACGCUCUUAAAGACCGGCUGCACUCAUACGCUCUCACGGAGGAGGAUUGCUGCUGAAGCAGAAGUAUUUUUCCUCCUCCAGAACAGAAAUCAAGCCAAACUAAUAUACAGACGGGUUUGUCAGAUUAUUCCUACCGAUGAGAAUCACACGCCAGUCGCUCUGAAGAUUGUCAAGUGGCUCACAUGAGAUGAAGUGGAUCUCCUCAGUCGAGAGAAAACUGGAGUCGUGAUCACAUCCUUAUAUUAGAGACCAUUUUGACAACAUUUGUUCAGUUUAAAAACUUCAGAGACCCUUUAUGAGAAGAUCACCUGUGAGUAAAGAGGAGAGAUAUCUCAGUAACAUGUCCUUGUGUACUCUACAUUUCAAAAAAGGGACAUUUGAAAUCAUGAUACCGUUUGUAAUUAUUCUUUGUUGUCCAUUUAACUUUUUCAAAUGACAAUCAGAUCUUUCUUUUUUUCUUUUCAUUUGUCUUUUUCUCAAGUAAAUUUGACUGUUCUUGAACGUGACACAUGUGUAAUCAUGCUUGCACAAAAUGUAGCUAACAACCCUAAAACUGUGUUUUGGACAACGAAAUAUUGCAACCGAAAAUCAUCCACAGCCUUUUGAUGAAGCAAUACGCAAACACUCACAGGCAAAUGCAUUUUCACCACAUAGUAAAAGUGUUUCUGGUAAUUAUAAUAUUUAUAAAAACAUACUGUGUCUGCUGCAAACCUUUGUAUUGAUCUGUGUUGCUGGGUUAUUUAUAUACACUGUGUCAUUUGAAAUAUCUGUAGCUAAAUGUAGCCGAAUCACAACCGAAUCUGCAAUAUUGUAUUAAAUAGACGUUGUGUUAAUGAACCCGUCCUGUAGAUCCAAAUGGGACAUUUGACUGGUGAUACUGAUGAGUCUAUGAGCUCUGGGAUCUGGAGAUCUGGAGGCAUGACAAAGAUUGGUGAUCUGGAGGCUUUAUGUUUUGAAUUGUUUAUAAAGAGGAAUGUAAGACAAUGGGUUUAUACCGAGGGGCAGUGAUGUCAACAUUCUCUGCUUGUGAAUGGAUGUAGCUUUUGUGCAUUUCACUUCUGUUUAGAUUCAAAUGGUACUGCGUAUGCAAUAUUAGAAAACUUGUGAUAUGUGAUGAUUAUAUUUAUGGUAGGUCCAGUUGGUUAAAUCCAUGCAUUUCUUUAUAUCUUUUUUUUUUUUUUUAUGGUUUAUAAUGCAUCCCUGUAUUUCUCCUGUUUCCCUUUUGGCACACGAUGAUGAAUACUUAAACAUUAGUUUCAAUGCACCCCGAGAGAAUGAUAAAGAGCUGAAACUUAUGAAAUAUUUAGCUACUAAACAUUGUGUACUUAUUUUUGCAUGCAACCCUUCUCUCUCAAAUAUUUUGAUAGUCUUGUAAGAAGCACUCUUUCCCUCUAUGUAUGUAUCCUCCGCAGGGAAACCCAAUAAAGCGUUAGAAGGAUGUGAAA